UAAAUCAUGUCAAGAUGUUUCUGUUUAUCUAUUGUGUUUCUGGUUUUUGGUGAAUUUCUUCGACCUCAGCGGUGGAUUGCAGGGUUAUCGAGUCUUUUAAAUGUUUUUUUAUUCAACAGCAAAUAUACAAAUACAUUAAUAAAAACGAGAAAUACAGCUCUGAAUAGAAAGACUGGGUACUGACUGAUACAUUAAUAUUGAUUGAAACGCCAUGGAAGACGCUGGAUCAGACAUCAGUGCACACAGAUCAGCAAUCAUAUCCGAGAUAAAUAACAUCCAAACCACCACCCAGAUCCCAGUAAAGGACCUGCAGGCAUUGGUAGCCCCGACUGACCCAGAGGGAGGCAAGUUAAUCCAGUCUCAAGAUAAAGCCCUGAGCUCUUUGGAGGUCUGAAAGUCCAUGUUUGCAGCAGCUGCACCUGAUACAGAGUAGAGACACCACUGCAAUGAGCGACAAAGAUGACGACGGGGAUGCCAGACAGGUAGUGCCCGGCAAGGCCACAGACUGCGACAGCACAGUGCUUUCAGACACCAUCUCCCUGAGCGACUCCGACCCCGAGGACUCCACCACCCCCUACGACCCUGAGGUGGAAGACUUAUCCUCGGACGAGUCCUCGGAUGGGGACUGCAGCUCCGGAGAGCCCGCGAGACGCCUUGGAUCUGCUGGUACGAAGGAGCCUUUCCAGCUGAAAGGUACCAGCUCGGGCUUCUCCUUCCGCAGCCAGAGCAUAUUCGACAGCCUGGGAACCGCUGGCAAACGUGCAGCGCCUUCCCUAGGGGACGACGACCUCAUCGACGGCCCCUUCGUGCGCCCCCUACCCCCGCUUGCCAAGAAGAAGGAUGCGGAACACGGGGCUCCCAAGCCCCUCUCCAAGGCCGUGCCAGACUACCUGGCCCACCCAGAGCGCUGGACCAAGUACAGCCUGGAAGACAUGCCGGAAUCCAGCAACCAGAGGAACACCGCGGUGGCCCAGGAGUUCAUGGGCAGCCUGCAGAAGAGGAAAGGAGAGUCAAUGGACACUCGGGAGUCCUUCUCUCCAGCCUUCAACCAAGAGAACUCCAGCAGCGUGUCGGGCUGCAGGAUUGUCUUCUCCAAGCCCAGCAGAGCUGUCACUGCUGCAGAGAAACAGGAGGAGGAAGAGGAGGGGGAGGAGGAGGAGUGCAAGGGGAGGGAAAGGGGCCGAGAGGACUCGGUAAAGAAGGUAGGUCUGCUACACCUGAAGGAGCUGGAGGAUGAAGUGAAAGCAGACCUGAAGAGGAAGAGGGCCGAUGAGGGGGAGGGAGCGGGGGGGCUGGUGGCAGCGGUGGGAUUUCACAGCAGCCGGAAGAUCAACAGGAAGAACAUCCGAAAGACUAUGGAGAACCAGAAGGAGGAUGACUAGAUACCCACGAGUCUUCUGUCAGCUGCGAAGAGGGAUUGGAGAGGGGGAGAGGGUUGAGGGAGAGGUCUUUUACUAGCUUGUUUAUUUUUUUUUUCCAAUCGCAAGGAAUGACUGUCCAGAUUUUCUGUUUUGUUUUGGAUUAAAUGUUUCUGUUGCCCUCCAGACAUUGUUACAUUGUUCCUUUCGUCAUUGCAACAGUUUGUUCAGGACAGUAUAUAACAUGUAUCAUCAAUUCUCACGAGUCACAAGCAACCUGCAUAUCCCCUUCACAUUUUUUAUUAUAUUUAAGACAUUUUAAACCAGCUUGUGUGAACUCUAUGGAAUUUGAAAAGUUGCCGUUUGGGGGGAAAAAAAAAAACAUACGUGCAUUGUGAUAUAUAGAUACUGUAGGAAACUUUACAUGGUAAAAUUGUGCACAGUGACUGAAGGAAAUAUAUACACACCCAGCCUGCUUAUCAGUAGCUGAAAAUCAUCCUUUAGAACAAUGCAAUACAGGUUAAUAAAACCAAUAGAUGUCCACUGCCAUAGAAUAUAUGUCUGCUAGCUGUCUUCUUUAUCUUCUGUCAUUUCUUUAAUAUGCACAUGAGAGAUCAUGCAAGGAAAGGGUCCCCGUAGCUUGAAACACUGUAUUUGUAUUUGUAAUAAAUUGCACUGUAUUCAGUUCUAUGUACGAAGUUGAACAUUCAUACUUUUACAAUGCUGCAUAAAAUGUGAAACUGUUUUGGUUGUUUGCUAUUAGUAAUAUGUUUUGAUAGAUGAGUGUGAAUAUAAAAUAACAAAAACAUUGCAAUAGUACAGUAUUGUUGAACAAUAAAUAGAUUUUAGAAGAACAAGUUUUGUCCUGCGUAAAGCGUUACCUGACACUGCAUACUAAAACAUAAUGCUGCAUUUGGACCUGGUUGUUUCUGUGGAACUUAAAAUGAAAUAAAAACUCUCAAAAUGUUAA